UCUGCUUCUUGCCUGCCUGUCUCGGUGCAUGUCUUCUUUCUCACUCACAGUCACAGCUCAUCAGCUCAUCAGCUCAGCUCAUUUAGCUUCAGAGUUCUCAGAAGAAAUAGGGGAGGAAGAGCCCUGGAGAAAGCGAACAGAGCAGCAGCUAGAAAUAAUUGGAGUACAUAACAAGAGGCAGAUCGAGGAUUCCUUCCUUCCUUCCUUCCUUAGCUCGGUUCUGUUCAAUUUCCUAGUCUUUUGCUCAGCUGGCCAGUAGCCUAGAGGAUACAUUACAGGAGUGUUCAGCUAGUUAGCUUGUCCUCCCUCACCUCCCAAAUCGAAAUCCCUUGUCACUUGCAGCAACAGCAACAGCAGCAGCAGCAGGAGCUCCGUCGAAAAUGAUGGUGUGUUGAGCCAGCCGUUACUAUGGAUCCGUCCGUCUGCGGCCUCCACCCGGGCGUCGCCGUCACCGGCUUCUGCCCCGCCUGCCUCCGCGACCGCCUCGCCGGCCUCCAACCUCCCUCCUCAGCGGACCUCCGCCGCUGCAAGUCCUUCUCCUACGCGCGCUCAGCCGCCGCCCGCUUGGAGCCGCAGCGCCGCUCCUGCGACCUCUUCCGCCAAGAACCCAUCGCGGUGCCGGAGGAGGAAGAGGCGGUGGAUGUCCGGAGGAUGGACUCCCAGGAACCCUCCAGGAAGUCCUUUGGGGGCCUCCUGGGCAAGAAGUUGCAGCAAUGGCGCCGCAAGAACAAGCUCAAGAAGGAGCCCAUGCCGCCGCCGGAGAUGCCCGGCGGGCACCGGCAGCACAGCUUCCGGGAUGGUCGGCGCUCCUGCGACGUGGAGCCCCGUUUCUCGCCCCGCGCUUCGUGGGACGCCCGGUCGGGACCGGUGCCGGUGUUUGCUCACCUGCCGGCGACGAUGCUGUCUGUGGAAGAGGACAUGCCGGUCCCGCGCUCCGAUGGGCAAAUCCCCGUGGAGGAAGACUACUACUACGAUAAUGCUGUGCCCGGCGGCUGUGCGCAGACGAGGGACUACUACUUGGAUUCCUCCAGCUCCAGCAGGAGGCGGCGAAGCUUGGACCGCUCCACCACCUCUGGGCGCAAUUCAUUCUCCGAUGCCAAUGAGCUGCCCAGGAUGGUGAAUGCCAAUGCCAGGGUCUCACCGGCCAUCGCCGCAGAGUUGUAUCACGCCCAGAGCCUUCUUGUCCAUCAUCAGCACUGCAGGGACCAGGGGCCAAACCUUCUCCGCGAUGAUUUCUCCGGGAGCUUUGGUUCGGCAUUCCGGGAUCACACCAAUAACAAGGGCGUGCAGGCAAACAAGCCUAAGAAAGGGAUCAAGGGGUGGAACAUAUGGGGCCUCAUACAUAAGAAGAGCAGCAGCAGGAAGUCCGAAGCUGAUCACGGGCCAUCCUCAGCAGCAGCAGCAGGAGGAGGAGGAGGAGGAGGCGAGUACCCAUGGCCUGAGCUCCGCGCAAGGGGGUACAAUGGGCAGAUGCUCCGGUGCAAUAGCAGCAUAAGCGCGAGGAGCUCUUUCAGCGGAGGCGCGACGAUGAUGGGCGGGAGCGGCCAUGGCUUCGGGAGGAUGAGGAGGGACGAGGUCUUACUGGAGAGGAAUCUGAGCACAAGGUCGAGAUCAGCAGGGCAACCUCCUCCUCCUCCUCACCUUGAUCACCAAUUCGGCUGGUCGAAUCAGAAUGGAAUGGUGUCCGGGAACAACAAGGGUCGUCCUUCCUCCAAACCCAGUACGUUGCCAUGGAGGAGGACCACGCUUGGACUCUACUCCACUGAUCCCAUUCCCAUUACCAGGCAGUAGAUUAAUCGGAGGCAGAGGCAGACAUGUUUUUCUUCUUAGCCGGCCACAAUCUAUAUAUCAAUGUGCAUAGCCCGUAGUACUUUUAGCAUCCGGCCUCAUCGAUCGUCAUAAGCAUAUAUAGUUUAGUCUGGCUAGCUGACAACGGCCAUAUAUAGCUACUGAACUGGUUAUUGUGUUGGGUUAUACUAUACUCUGUUACACACACACUUUUAUAACAGGGCCUUAGUUCCAACCUUUUAUUCUUCAGGGUUUGUAUGUUUUGUUCUUUUCGAUUGAAUUCAAGGUACGUAGCAUGAAGAAAAAUGAGUGAUGCAUAUGCAUUUUGGUCGAGGCUCAAUACUUACUACUCCGCAUGCCAUGGUUUAAUUCUAUU